CCACCUAUCCACCAAGUCACCGAGUGCUACCUUCAAAAUUUUCUCGCGUCUCGCCAUAGUUCUAUCAGUAUCGGGUUACCUCAGCUCGCCACGCCGGGUCAGUGCGGUCUUUAUCAGUGAAUCCUCGCCAAUUUCGGUCACAACCUAAGCACCGUCUCACCUGAAACCAAAAAAAAUAAAAUAAAUGUUAAGGUUAUAAAAAUGUUUAGUGAAUUAAAUUUAAAAAAAAAAAAUUCAAACAAUAAAAACAAAAAAUUAAAAUUGUAUUUGAUACAAGUCGGAUACCAAUACGAAUGGUUUUGAUCGUGUCUCAUCCUCGAAGUCACGGAAUCCGGGCUUCUCAUUUCUUACACAGCCGGCGGGUUGGACGAAAGAGGAUCCGCAAAAGGACCGCGGCUAAAUUCAUACCACAAUAGUAGUAAAAGUUUUUUUAAUCAUCAACAUCAGGAGUAGCAGCAGCAGCAUCAACAACAGUAGCAGUAGUAGCAGUAGCAGUAGCUGCAGCAGAACUUAUUUAUUUAUUUCUUUCAUUUCUCCGUCUACUUUCUCCCUAUCUGCCACCACCUCGAGCUUGAUCGCCCGGCGGAUCAUCAGGAGCACGAGGAUCUAACUUUGACAAUUUACAUUGGAUUCGGUUGGUUUAAAUUUACAUUGACACGCGUGUAAAAACCAAUCGCUACUGAUCGCUCGGACUAGUAUAGAAUUACUGAGCGGAUGGAUCAAACGCGAUACUGCUUACGAGGAAUAAACUUGUGUUUAAAAUUAUUGUCCUCGCAAUAAAAAUCAUUUAUUAUUUAUUUAUUUAUUUAUUUAUUAACUUACUAUUUAUUUAUUAUUAUUUAAGUGGUAGACCAAGGUUAUGGUCGAGAUAAACCGGGAGUCGCGAGCAGCCUGAUAAGGAGAAAACGUAACGAACCGACGGCUUUAGUUUAGUAUAACGAGUGCGUGGCUGGCUCUGGGCCCGCUCGGACGCGACUCUGCCCUCCGGGCGAAUUUAUUAAUCGUUAAGAUUUUAAAAUCAUUAAAUAAUUGUUUAAUAUCGUUCAUCAUAGAUCCGAACGCUUUCUUACCGUUGCCAUUAGACAGCAAAUAUAUUAAAUUUAGAAAAAAAUAUUUACGCAACUAAACUAUUUUUAUUUAUCUGGAUGCUAUGGAUUUAUAAAUUUGUGUGUGAAAAUUUAAGUGUUGUUGCCACGUUAUUCACUGCGUGUCCAUGUGUACAGUGCAUUAAAAAGUAGUUUUUUUUUUUUAUUUAUUUUUUCAAGACUAGUAUUUUUGGAGUAAACAAUUGUAGAGACUGAUAGUGAGUUUGAAAAAAUUAAUAUCAGAGUUGAGUGAAAAAAAAAAAAAAAAAAAAAAAUUGAAUGACUGCAGUGUGAGUAAUAUUAAAUAACAGACAGUAAUAAUUAUACUGGAGCUGUAUUUGCCGUACGCACCACUGCCGGGAGGUGGCGGAAUCCUCCCGGCGGUGUCAGGGGGAGUAGGAGGUGGUGGGGGUGGGGUGGGUGGCUGCCGUCCAGUUCUGCUCGGUGGUGUUGAUUUAUCAAUGUCUGCGGCGGUACAGCAGCCGAGUUCGAACCCGGGACCUCAGGCCCACCCGCCCCAUCCCGUGACUAGUUUCAUCGGGGCACCACCUGCCCACCCCCCGGGGUUCAUCGGGGCCCUUCCGCCGCUGCCCAGUGCUCCAGUACACAUACCCAGAUCUCCGGAUGUCGUGCUACCUCUUGGGCCCUCUCUACCUGCGGGUCAUCACCGCGAGCCAGAUUUAGAUGCACCGCCUAAUCCAGAUGUUUUGCUUUCUCUUCUUGCUCGCAAUAAACAUCUCGAAGAACUUGAAGAUGAUAGACAAUGUCAUUUACCGAUCAAAAAAGAACCGUCAAUUCCUAAGUGUGGAGGUUGUCAAGAAACUAUUCUGGAUAAAAUAAUUCUAAGGGUAUUAGAUAGAUGUUGGCAUGCUAAAUGUUUGACAUGUCGAGACUGUGGUACUAGACUGACGAAUAGUUGUUUUGAAAAAAACGGCCUUGUAUUUUGCAAAAAUGAUUUCUACAAGUAUGACAGACGGUUCGGGACGAAGUGUGCGGGCUGUGACGAGGGCCUGGCACCAUCCCAGGUCGUACGGAGGGCAUCGAAUUUUGUUUAUCACCUUACGUGUUUCUCCUGCGCAUUCUGCUCCCGACAGCUGGACACCGGGGAUGAGUAUUAUCUUAUGGACGAUAGAAAAAUUGUUUGCAAACCUGAUUACGAACAAGCUAAAGCUAAAGAAUUAGCUGAUGGCGGAAGUAUAGACGGCGACCAACCAAAUAAAAGGCCAAGAACAACAAUAACCGCGAAACAACUCGAAACAUUAAAACUAGCGUACAACAAUAGUCCAAAGCCAGCGCGACAUGUCAGAGAACAACUGUCCCAAGAUACCGGAUUAGAUAUGCGUGUUGUACAAGUUUGGUUUCAAAACAGGAGAGCUAAAGAGAAGAGACUGAAGAAAGACGCCGGUAGAACGAGAUGGUCCCAAUAUUUUCGUAAUAUAAAAAGCGGUCCCGGUGGGCACUCACCUCGCAACGACAAGCUGCUAGACAAAGACGAGCUCAAAGUCGAUUUGGAUUCAUCAUUUGGUCAUCACGAUCUAAGUAACGACAGCUACAGCACAGUAGUGAAUAUGGGUCUGGAUGGAGACGGAUCAAGUCCGAGCGGAGGUGGGGGAAACGGAGGAGGUGGUCCACCACGUGGUUAUUUAGGUGCAUCGACACCCCCUUAUUUAACAACGUCCAGAUCACCGUCCUUGCCACCACAAUUUCCUUAUCCUCCGGAUGCCGGCUUAUCAGUCUACACAACUCUCGGUGGACCAGGUGGAAUGGUACCAGGACCAGCAUCAGAUCUAAGCAACGAAUCGAGCGGAGGCGGUGGAGGUGGAGGUGGGGGGGGUUACCCUGAUUUCCCGCCCUCACCUGACUCCUGGCUCGGCGAAGCUCCUCAGCAUCCUCACCAUCAUCCUCACUACGCCACAUAACCCAUUAAAAUAUAAUUAACUAAGUAAAUUUAUUUAAUUUAUUUACUAACAACAAAUUAAUAAUAAAUAAUUAAAUUAAAUAUGAAGAUGCGAACAGCCGGAUUUUAAUUGAUAACUUAUUUUAGCUGGCUAAAUCAAGAUUAACAAAAUACAAUCCUUCGCAUAUUUAUAUAAAUAUAUAAAUAUAAAUAUAUAUAUAUAUAUAUAUAAUAUUUAAUAGAUUUAUAUUUAUGUACAAGUUCCUCGUUUAAAUAUUAACGCGACCUAGAGUCAAGGCCAUUCGAUUCUAUACUAAAUAUAUAGAAAAAAAAAUUAAUUUUUAUUUAGAAGUGAUACGAAUUUUACAUUUAAAAUUAAUAAAUUAAUUAAAAAUGGUAAAUAAAUUUAUGUCCUGGAUCGUGUGCAUAAAUGACGCUUGUAAAAAAUAGUAAAAAAAAUAAUAAACGUCUUAAAGUGUCAUGUACAUAUAUUUUAAAAUAAUAUAUAAAUAAUUGACAUACAUUUGUUGUCACGACAAAUUUAUCACAAACGUGACCGAUUGUCCGAGUAAAAGUAAAAAAAAACACAUGAGUGAUCACUGACUUUUUUUU